AAGAAUUUCUCUUUACUGGUUUUGUAAAUCCAACGAGAGAAUCGAAGCGAUGAAGGUUCAUCCAGCUCCAAAGAAACGGAACAUCACGUUCAGGUAUGACAUCAAUUCAAGCCUCUUGGAGGCUAAUAGACUCAUGGGAAGGCAGAAGAAGCUUCGUCGACUUCCUCAUAUAUUCAGUAGAGUCUUAGAGUUGCCCUUUCAUUCGGAUGCUGAUGUCUUGAUCGAAGAGAAUUCUGAUUGUUUCCGCUUCAUCGUUAUAACUGAUGAUGUUAGCAAUGAUGUGAGAGCCCACACGAUUGAAAUUCAUCCUGGAGUUACAAAGAUUGUGAUCAGAGGGAGCAACCUUCUUGAAUUGUCUCUGGAUGAGCUUGAGCUUGAUCUAUGGAGGUUCAGGCUUCCACCAUCGACAAGGCCAGAACUUGCUAAUGCUGUUUAUGUUGAUGGGGAACUAAUUGUGACUGUCCCGAAGGGUGCCAACACCGAUGACUCUGGCGAUGCGAAUGAUGAAGAAGAAGAAAUUUGGGGUGAGGGAAAUGGGAAUCUCAGGGGUGGAUUUGGUCGUCUAGUCCUUGUACAGUAACACCUCUAUUCCAUUCCUGUGUCUUCAAAGUUUCGUUUAAGCUUUGUUAAUGGAACUAGUUUUAUAUAUAUGCUUGUUGGCUGAAUUAAGAAAUUACCUUUGAU